GCAGCAGUCUCCUCCCCCUGAAGUGGAUGUGAAGAAGAUCACCCUCCGGUCUGUCUGACAUACAGGAAGAAGUUGAAUAAGUGCAAAAAAAAAAAAAAAAAAAAAAAAAAAAAAAAAACGAAAAGAAAGAAAGAAAAGAAAAAAAGACACUGCGCCUUUUUUGGAAAAUCGUCACCAGUUUUUGGACACUUUUCUUAAUCGACUUGUUGAGAUGCGGAUCCGGUGGAGUGCGUCUGAAUGUGCGGACUGCAGCUGAACUGGAGGCGCUGUAACGCGUGGAUUACUUCAACCGAAAAGAAGUACCAGUAAUGUAAAUGGAAAACCGGGACCAAUGUUAAAAUGUCAGAACACAGAUCCAGUUUACUGAACAUGGGGGACAUCGUGUCUCUUUACGCGGAAGGCUCGGUGAAUGGCUUCAUCAGUACUUUGGGGCUUGUUGAUGACAGGUGUGUGGUUCAGCCUGAUGCGGGAGACCUUGCCAAUCCUCCCAAAAAGUUCAGAGAUUGCCUGUUUAAGGUAUGUCCCAUGAACAGAUACUCAGCCCAGAAGCAGUUCUGGAAGGCAAAACAAGGAAAGCAAGGAAACAACAACACACAGGGAGACUUGUUCAAAAAGUUACAGAAUGCGGCAGAGCUGGAGCAGAAACAGAAUGAGUCAGAGAACAAGAAGCAGCUGGGAGAAGUCGUCAAAUAUAGUAAUGUCAUCCAGCUCCUUCACAUAAAGAGCAAUAAGUACCUGACAGUAAACAAGCGUCUACCUGCAUUGCUGGAGAAAAAUGCUAUGCGGGUUUCUUUGGAUCCUGCUGGGAACGAGGGCUCCUGGUUCUACAUUCAACCCUUCUGGAAGCUCCGCAGUGAAGGCGAUAAUGUGGUAGUUGGAGACAAGGUGGUGCUGAUGCCAGUGAAUGCCGGACAGCCUCUUCAUGCCAGUAACAUAGAACUACUGGACAACCCAGGGUGCAAAGAGGUUAAUGCUCUUAACUGCACUACCAGCUGGAAAGUCACCUUGUUCAUGAAGUUUAGCGACUACAGGGAAGAUGUACUGAAGGGGGGGGAUGUGGUGAGGCUUUUCCACGCUGAGCAGGAGAAGUUCCUCACCUGUGAUGAGUACAAGAAGCAGCAGCAUGUGUUUCUCAGGACCACACUGCGACAGUCUGCCACCUCCGCCACCAGUUCCAAGGCCCUCUGGGAAGUUGAGGUUGUGCACUAUGACCCUUGUAGAGGUGGAGCUGGCCAGUGGAACAGUCUUUUCCGCUUCAAACACUUGGCGACGGGGAAUUACCUGGCUGCAGAGGUAAACCCUGAAUUCAAAGAGGACACAGCGGAAUCCAAAGGAGAAAUGCAGCAGAAUGAGACAGGUGCUGUGUUCUCCAAGAAGAAACAUCAAGCAGCAGAGAAGAUUACUUUCACUCUUGUGUCCGUACCCCACGGGAAUGACAUCGCCUCUUUGUUUGAGCUGGAUGCCACCACUCUGCCGGCCGAUUGUUUGGUGCCCAGAAACUCUUAUGUGAGGCUUAGACACCUAUGCACUAACACCUGGGUGACCAGUACCAAUGUCACCAUCGAUGCAGAGGUGGAGCGUCCAGUGAUGCUUAAGAUUGGCACUUGCCCCACCAAAGAGGACAAAGAGGCCUUUUUCAUCGUGUCUGUGCCCCUGUCAGAGGUCAGAGACUUGGAUUUUGCCAACGAUGCAAACAAAGUCCUUGAAUCCACUGUGAAGAAGCUUCAAUAUGGCAACAUCACUCAGAAUGAGAGGCGGUUUGUUACGAAGCUACUGGAGGACCUGGUUUUCUUUGUGUGUGUGGUUCCGAACAAUGGACAGGAUGUUCUGUCUGUGGUAACAUCUACACCAAACCGAGAGAGGCAGAAGCUUAUGAGGGAACAGAACAUCCUCGCCCAGAUCUUUGGUAUUCUGAAGGCCCCGUUCACAGAUCAGGGUGACGGUCCGAUGCUAAGGCUGGAGGAUUUAGGAGACCAGCGCUACGCUCCCUUCAAGUACAUGCUGAGGCUCUGCUACAGGGUGCUACGCCACUCCCAACAGGACUACCGCAAAAACCAGGAGUAUAUUGCCAAGAAGUUCUCAAUCAUGCAGUCUCAGAUUGGGUAUGAGAUUCUGGCUGAGGAUACAAUCACGGCUCUGCUGCACAACAAUCGUAAGCUGCUGGAAAAACACAUCACAGCCAGAGAGAUCGAGACCUUUGUCAAUCUGCUGAGACGCAACAGAGAGCCCAGAUUCCUGGAUUAUCUGUCUGAUCUGUGUGUGUCCAAUAAGACUGCCAUCCCAGUCACACAGGAGCUUAUCUGUAAAUUUAUGCUGAACCCAACCAACGCAGAUAUCCUUAUCCAGACCAAAUUAAUCUCAAACACCGAGACCACCUUGGAGUCCUCUCUGUCUCUGCAGGAAGAGCCGGAUGAGGAGGAGGUUUGGCUCUACUGGAUUGACAGCCACAAAGAACCUCAUGGCAAAUCCAUCCGACACCUGGCCCAGGAUGCAAAGGGCAAUCACAAGAUGGAUGUAGACAUCAUCACCUACUACAGGUACCAGCUGAACCUGUUUGCUAAAAUGUGUCUGGACCGUCAGUAUCUAGCCAUCAACCAGAUCUCCUGUCAGCUCCCUGUGGAUCUGAUCCUGCGUUGCAUGUUCGAUGACUGUCUGCCCUACAACCUCCGAGCCUCCUUCUGCCGCCUCAUGCUGCAUAUGCAUGUCGACCGUGACCCCCAGGAAUCAGUUGUGCCUGUCCGCUACGCCCGCCUCUGGACCGAGAUCCCAUCUGAAAUCAGCAUCCAUGACUUCGAAUACGAGUCCACUGACACCUCACACGAAGAGAUGAAGAGGAAAUUUUUCCCCACCAUGGAGUUUGUGGAAGAAUAUCUCAAAGAUGUCGUCAGCCAGCCAUUUCCUUUUGGGGAUAAAGAUAAAAAUGAACUUACAUUAGAGGUGGUGAAUUUGGCUCGUAACCUGGUGUACUUUGGGUUCUAUAGGUUCAGUGAGCUAUUGCGUCUCACGCGCACUCUGCUGGCCAUUUUAGAUAUUGUCCAGCACCCACUCACCUUCAUGAGCAAGCUCAACAAGAGCCCAGAGGCCGGCAACAAUGUCCUGCGUACCAUCCAUGGAGUUGGGGAGAUGAUGACUCAGAUGGUGAUGAGUCGAGGUGUGCCACACAGCCUGCCUGACACCCCUCCGUCCCUGCGAUAUGGAAAAGGCCACUUAGUGACGGACACUGAGGACGUCAUGGUGAUGGACACGAAGCUGAAGAUCAUAGAGAUCCUCCAGUUCAUCCUGAGUGUGAGGUUGGAUUACAGGAUUACUUACUUGUUGUCCAUCUACAAGAAAGAGUUUGAAGAGAAGAACGCAUCAUCAACUCUCUCAGAGAGCUCCUUCUCACCUUCUGAACCAAACAUAAAGGGGAUUGCAGACGAAGCCGAGCACAUGUUUGCAGGGAGCUCUGAGUUAAGUGCGGUGGAGCUGGACGAUGAGGGUGGCCAGACAUUUUUGAGGGUUUUAAUCCAUCUCAUCAUGCAGGAUUACCCCCCGCUGGUGUCUGGUUCACUUCAGCUCAUCUUCAAACAUUUCAGCCAGAGGGCUGAGGUACUACAGGCCUUCAAACAGGUCCAGCUUCUAGUGUCGGAGCAGGAUGUGGAGAAUUACAAGCAGAUCAAGGCAGACCUGGACCAGCUGCGUCUGACUGUGGAGAAGUCAGAGCUGUGGGUGGAGAAAAGUGGAGGCUACAGCGGUGAAGACCUGGGGGUCAGACAGGGCAAAGAACAAAACACUGAGGAGGUUGUCCUCAGCCCAGUACAAGACGGGGAUCGUAAACCACAGAUUGAUGGCAACAAAGCAAACAACUACAAGAUUGUCAAAGAGAUCCUUCUUCGCCUCAGUAAGUUGUGUUACCCCAGUAAGAAAAGCCGCAUGCAGCAGCAGAGGCUACUGAAGAACAUGGGAGCUCACACUGUGGUGCUAGACCUGCUACAGAUCCCUUAUGAGAAGAAUGAUGAGAAGAUGAACGAGAUUAUGACGCUGGCUCAUACGUUUCUGCAAAAUUUCUGCAGAGGGAAUCCUCAGAACCAAGUGUUGUUACAUAAACACUUGAAUCUGUUCCUCACUCCUGGGCUACUGGAAGCUGAGACAAUGCGUCACAUCUUUAUGAACAACUACCAGCUGUGUCAUGAUAUCAGUGACCGUGUAGUCCAUCAUUUUGUCCACUGCAUUGAAACACAUGGAAGACAUGUUCAGUACCUCAGGUUCCUGCAAACCAUUGUGAAGGCUGAUGGGAAGUAUGUGAAGAAAUGUCAGGACAAAGUCAUGACAGAGUUGGUAAACGGCGGUGAGGAUGUGCUGGUCUUCUACAACGACCGUUCUUCAUUCCAGUCGUUGCUGCAGAUGAUGGGUUCUGAACGUGAACGGACAGAUGAAAAUGGAUCUCUGGCCUACCACAACACACUUGUGGAGCUGCUAGCUGCCUGUACUGAGGGGAAGAACUACUAUACUGAACUGAAAUGCAACUCUUUGCUCCCCUUGGAUGACAUUGUCAAAGUCGUCACUGAUUUCCAGUGUAUACCAGAGGUGAAAACUGCUUACGUGAACUUUGUGAAUCACUGCUAUGUGGACACAGAGGUAGAAAUGAAGGAGAUCUACACGUCCAACCAUAUCUGGAACCUCUUUGACAACUUCCUAGUGGACAUGGCCAGUGUGUGCAACACUACCACAGACCGCAACCAUGCCGAUCUUGCCCUGGAGAAGUAUGUGACAGAGACAGUGAUGGCCAUUGUCAAGGGCUUCUUCAGUUCACCUUUCUCUGUCAACCACCCCAACCUGCAGACAAACCAGUCUGUCUUCAUCAAGCUGCUCCAGUCAUCAUUCAGGAUCUGCAACUGCACCUGGAUCACCUCAGCUCAGAAGGCAAACAUCGAGAGCUGUAUCAAAACACUGGCUGAUGUCGCUAAAGCACGGGCAAUAGCCAUCCCAGUGGACCUGGAUAGCCAGGUCAAUACUCUAUCUCUCAAGGUCCAUAGCAACAUGGUGCAGCGAGCAGCCAAAGACUGGAGGACCUCUGCCCGGAGUCGACCCCGCAAGGAACCUCUGGGCGGCCUCGACUACAAGAACAUCAUCGAAAAACUUCAGGGUGUUGUGUCCUGUCUGGAGGAACAGUUCAGUCCGAAGGUUCAGGCAGAGUUUUCUGUGCUGGUGGAUGUUCUGCACAGCCCUGAACUGCUGUUUCCAGAGGCUGCACGCUUACGCUGUGAGAGCGGAGUGUUCAUGUCCAAGCUGAUCAAACACACCAAGAAGCUCAUGGACAAAGAGGAGAAGCUGUGUAUCAAGAUCCUGCAGACGCUCAGAGAAAUGCUGGGCAAGAAAGAAGGCUUUCAGGAGUCUGGAAACGAGUUAAGAAAGAUUCUCCUCACACGCUACUUUGGAAAUCAAAAGCUUCUCUCCAAGUCAGAGCUUGGGAGUGGAAACAGCUCAUCUGGUGGCUUUGUCAAGCCGUCAUCCGGAGGAGGGUCUCCCAUGCUGGACUGUGACAAAGAACACUACAGCAUACCUGAGAUUCAGUGUCUGCUCGACAAUGUUGGCGCAUCAGAGCUGGUGAUUGACCUCAUCGUCAACACCAAGAAUGACCGGGUGUUUGAGGAGAGCAUCCUACUGGGCAUUGCACUUCUCCAGGGUGGAAACACACAAAUACAGAACUCAUUUUACUACCAGCUCUACAAGCAGAAGAAAUCUGAGCGCUUCUUCAAAGUUUUCUACGACCGCAUGCGUGCAGCCCAGCAAGAGAUCCGAUCCACCGUGUCCGUCAACAUGUUUGAGGCCAGCAGCAGAAAAAGGGAUGAUGACAGUGACGGACUCGGAGGCAGCCGGUUCAGGAAAGGCAAAGACUCUGGGCUUCAUAUGAGGGAGGAUAUGCGGGGACAGCUGAAAGAGGCCUCUUCUGCGACCUCCAAGGCUUUCAGUAGCUUUAGAAAGGAACUGGAACCUGACCUUGAAGGCAUGGGCCAGAACAGUGAGGUAGAGGGGGCUGAGGAGGCUACUGAGGAAAUUCAGAUGAGCCCUACCAUCACCAUAAUGAAACCCAUCCUACGUUACCUACAGCUACUCUGUGAAAACCACAAUUCAGACCUGCAGAACUUCCUGCGAAGCCAGGACAACAAGACUAACUACAAUCUGGUGUGCGAGACUCUUCAGUUUUUGGACUGUAUUUGUGGAAGCACGACUGGAGGCCUUGGCCUGCUGGGCCUUUAUAUAAAUGAGAAUAAUGUCGACCUGGUUCACCAAACCUUAGAAACCAUCACAGAGUACUGCCAGGGACCCUGCCAUGAAAACCAGACAUGUAUCGCCAAGCACGAGUCAAAUGGCAUUGACAUCAUUAUAGCACUAAUUGUCAACUCCAUCAACCCGCUGGGGAACCGUCGGCUGGAUCUGGUGCUGCAGCUGAAGAACAAUGCCUCCAAGCUCCUGUUGGCUAUCAUGGAGAGCCGCCAGGACAGCGAGAAUGCAGAGAAGAUUCUCUACAAGAUGAGACCCACUGAACUGGUGGAUGUGAUGAAGGAAGCCUACGCAGAGGGGCUGGUGAGGGAGGGAAAUGAGGACAGUGCUGGAGACCAGAUCAAGCCCAGAGACGUGGGACACAAUAUUUACAUCCUCGCCCACCAGCUGGCCAGACACAAUAAGACCCUACAGCAGAGCCUGAGGCCAGGGACAGUGUUGGGAUCGGGGUCAGCGAUGGACCUCAACAAUGAGAGGGAUGACGCCCUUCAUUUCUAUGCCAAACACACAGCUCAGAUAGAGAUUGUUCGUAAUGACCGCACCAUGGAACAGAUAGUGUUUCCAGUCCCUAACAUCUGCAAGUACCUCACCAAGGAGUCCAAAACACGUGUAAAAGAGACCACAGAGAGAGAUGACCAGGGCAGCAAGGUUAACGACUUCUUCCAGCAGUUUGACAACCUCUACAAUGAGAUGAGGUGGCAGAAAAAGAUUCAAAAAAAUAAGGUUCUGUUCUGGUUCUCACGGCAAAUUUCUCUUUGGGGGAGUAUCUCCUUCUACCUGGCCUGCCUGCUCAACAUCGCCGUGGCUGUUUUCUACCCCUUUGGUGACGACGGAGAUGAGGGCACCUUGCCCUCAUUGUGGAAUCUGCUGUUGUGGGUGGCAUUGGGGGUGUUCACCGCCUUACUUGCUGUGUUACCCAAGCCGUGGGGCCUCCUGUUCUUCCUGGUUUCCCUCAUUUUGCGUGCCAUCUACACUAUGGGCCUCGGUCCUGCAUUGUUGCUGCUGGGAACUGUCAAUCUCUUCAAUAAGUUGGUCUUUCUUGUAAGUUUUGUGGGAAACCAGGGAACGUUCACUCGAGGCUUCAAAGCAGUUAUAAUGGACAUGCUGUUUAUCUACCAUUUGGGCUAUGCUAUCAUCUGCGUCCUGGGCCUCUUUGUGCACGAGUUUUUCUACAGUUUUUUGCUGUUCGACCUGGUGAUUCGGGAGGAGACGCUGCUCAAUGUGAUCAAGAGUGUUACGAGAAAUGGACGCUCGAUUAUACUGACUGCCGUCCUGGCCAUCUUUCUCGUCUACUUCUUCUCUAUCAUCGGCUUCCUCUUUCUCAAGGAUGACUUCCGAGUGGAGGUGGACCGGCUUUCUGCAUCAGGAAAAAGAGAUUUAUUAAGUAAUGGUGGAUUUGCAGACUCAUGCUUGAGAGAUAGUUGCCCUGUUUCAACACCUAAAUCUGUUCCCGAUGAAGAUGAUGGGGUUGAAAGGGUGUGCGACACUCUGCUCAUGUGUAUAAUCACAGUGUUAAAUCACGGCCUUCGUAAUGGAGGAGGUGUGGGAGACAUUCUCAGGAGACCCUCCAAAGAGGAGCCACUCUUCGCAGCCCGAGUUGUUUACGACCUUCUGUUUUUCUUCGUGGUCAUCAUUAUUGUCCUCAACCUCAUCUUUGGUGUUAUUAUCGAUACGUUUGCGGAUUUGAGGAGCGAGAAACAGAAGAAAGAAGAGAUUCUGAAAACCACCUGUUUCAUCUGUGGGUUGGAAAGGGACAAAUUUGACAACAAGACAGUGUCCUUUGAAGACCAUAUCAAGUGUGAGCACAACAUGUGGCACUACCUCUACUUCCUGGUUUUGGUGAGGGUGAAGGACCCGACGGAGUACACCGGCCCAGAGAGCUACGUGGCUCAGAUGAUAGCGGAGAAGAAUUUGGAGUGGUUCCCCCGUAUGAGAGCCAUAUCCCUGGUGAGCAGUGAGGGAGACAAUGAGCAGAAUGAGAUGCGCUCCCUGCAGGAGAAACUGGACAGCACCGUCACUCUGGUGGCUCAGCUCUCCAGCCAGCUGGCUGAGCUCAAGGAGCAGAUGACAGAGCAGAGGAAGAACAAGCAGAGGCUCGGGUUCCUGGGUCCUCCUCAGCCCAAUCAUCACAUCACAACUCACUGAAGUGCUCAAGGCCCAAAUGAGGAACAAGAUCUGGUGUCUUGGCUGCAGCCUCACAUGACUAAAAACUCAGCCUCAAGAACAAUACACUUACUCAGGUGUACAACUGCUAAUGUCAAAUUAUAUGAGGCCAAGAAGUAUUGACACCUAUUUUUGUACCUUUUAUUUGACACAAACACUGCCUUCUGGGAUAUGAAUUGUGUCGUAUGUGCUCUCAGCUGUUAGAAGCACCCUUUGCAGGCCAUCUGUCCAUGUUCUCAUUGACUGAGGAACUGUGUGUGAAUGAUUUACCAGGCCUGGCACACAUCUGCCAAUGUGGUGUUAGUGGGCCGGACAGAUUGUAAUUUGUGUUUUGUAAAUGUUAAGGUUAGUACUAAUGUGCCGUCUAGUCUGUGGAUGGCUGUGUCGACUGGCUCGGUACUGAUGUGCUGACUGUCUCAGAAAGUGGAUCAGGUCAGAGAUUGGCUGUCAAUUGAGAAGUGGUUACUUAUGUAGCCAGUUGGCCCACCGUGGCACAGGACUGUGCACUAAAAUCAAGUAUUCUCCCCCUCCUCUGUUUGUAUUUAUAUGGGAAUAUGUAGUUCAUAACUGGAGUAUUGUUUUGCAUUUUGGAAAGGGAAUAAUGCUGCCUUAUUCAUUAACUUUUCUAAACAGUACAUCUCAAUUGCUGAAAGUGCACUUUUAAAAAAAGGGGAAAAAAGUUAUGCCUGUAACUGGAGUCGUAGCUUAACUUGGGGUAUUAUUUUUGCAUGCUAUGUUUUGUUUGAAAAUGCAGUCACUGCACCAUUUCAGUUGCCUUUUUACAGAUUUCUACAGAGUAUAUUAAUGUGAAUAAAUAAUGAUUAAUUAUGCAAAACGUACUGGAAAGGUCUUUUAUGACAAAAUCUUUUAUUGGUACAUAAUUAAAUGCUUAACUACAUAUAAUGGUAUGCCUUUUGUUAUUUGCCUCCAUAUGAAUAUCUUAAUACUGUAAUAAUUACUGUAUGGGCACAGAAUUUUCAUGUUCUAAUGUUUUAUUUUUCAUGUAAAUCCUUCUCAUGUGCAUCUCUUACACUGUAAGACUGAUUGGUAAAUCUCAACUUUUGUUUUAAAUUGCACAAAUGAAUGGGGAAUUAUGAGUCUGUGCCCCUGAUGGGAACUGUCCUUUGACAUUUUCUAGUAAAACAAAAUGUAUAGAAAGAGUAUUUUAUGUGGUCAGACGUAAUAAAUUUUAAACAAUACUCA